CCGAGCUUUACAGCCCUUCACCUUUCUUUGUCUAGCGAAAAAGGAGGCGCCUUUAUGCCUUGUUUUUACCCCCUUGUCAUCUCUAUAAAGAACAGCACCCCAAUGCCCCAAGUUCCUCUUCUGCUCGCAUAUCUCUCUGGGUCUUGACUUUCGAGAGAGUUCGCUGUGAUCUGGGUCUUGGGUCUGGGACUGUUUCAUCAAGGAAAGUCUGGUUCUUUUUCAUCAAGGUGGGAAGUUUCGGGAGGGGUUGGUGAAAAGCUUCUUGAGCUUGCUUUUGAUGGAGUUUCGAGAGAUGGAGAGAGGGGUCGGCGAUGCGGUGUUUGAGAAGGAUCUUCUCAACCUGGAGGAGACUGAGCUCAGGUUGGGGCUGCCAGGGUCGGAUGAGUCUGGUCAGAAGAAAGCCAGGAACGGCAAGAGGCCAUUCUCUGAGUCAAGUGAUGUGUCUGGAUCUUCAAAGGGUAGCUGUGUUGCUCCUCACCAUGAUGAAGACCAUGAAUCUGCUCCUGCCCCCAAAGCACAGAUCGUGGGAUGGCCCCCUGUCCGAUCCUACCGAAAGAGUACUCUCCAGCCGAAGAAAGCGGAAGCAGAGGGCCCUGGUAUUUACGUGAAAGUAAGUGUUGAUGGAGCCCCUUACCUCAGAAAGAUCGAUCUCAAGGUUUACGGUGGUUAUCCAGACCUCCUAAAGGCUUUGGAGAACAUGUUCAAACUCACCAUAGGUGACUAUUCUGAAAGAGAAGGCUACAAAGGAUCUGAAUAUGCGCCUACCUAUGAAGACAAAGAUGGUGACUGGAUGUUGGUUGGAGAUGUUCCAUGGGAAAUGUUCAUGUUGUCCUGCAAGAAGUUGAGAAUAAUGAAAGAAUCAGAAGCUAGAGGCUUGGGUUAUUGUGUAUGAGGAAACCUCAAAGGUAAAGAUCAAUAUGCCUCAGACAAAAGAAAAAAAAAACAUUCUCCAGCUCGGGUUCUCAAAGAAGAAACUUCAGUCUUGAUGUAGGUCUCCGUUUUGGAGACUCGUUGAAGUUUCGGAAGGGACUUUCAGUCACGAAAAACAAGUCAUGAGUUUUUUGCAUUUUGUUUCUGGAAAUUCGGCAGCAGCUCUUUUGUUGGUUUGAGCACCUGCCUGAUGUCUUCUUUUCUUCGUGAUCUUUCUUUCCGGAUGAAAGAAAGACGGCGCACAGAUAGAUACUGCUUUACAUGUAAAGUCCUGUAGAAGGGAAAUGGGUGAAAAUAUGUAGGCCAUUUUCAUCCAAGGUUUGCUUUCUCCAUUGGAUUUUAAUUGUUCAGAGUCUUUUCAAUUCAACAUUCUACAAAUCAAAAGAAAUUUGAUA